AUGGCUCGCUCGUCUAUAGUUGUAUCCCUCCUUGGGCCGAACAUCAACGACAAGCACAUCGAUCCUUCUCUUUACGCCGAUAUUUACCGCAAUUAUGUUUUUCCAGCGAUGAAAAAAUACAGCGUCAGACGAAUUUUAGCCAUGGGUACAAUCUCUAUCAAGCAGCCCGAAGACCACUGGACAUUCUUCCAGACCAUGGUCACGAUUGUCAUGCCACUUUUGAAUGGAGCUGUUUACCGCAAUAUGCAUAAUCUUGCUCACUUAUUUGGCAAAGAAGGUCACGAUCUUGACUGGACUAUCUUCCGCAUAGCACAGAUACCUGGAGAGUCUGAUGAGACUAGCUGGAGACAGGACCGGGAUCUCGGACUGUUCACUGGGUGGAUAGGAGAAAAAGGUUGGACAUCAACUCUUAGGCGGGGCGCACUAGCUCGAUGGCUCGUGGAUGGAGUCGAAGGCAGUGAUAAUGAUCCAAGCUUGCCGGUGCACGUUGAAAAUGUACUUCAGAGCUAUUUUCAUUAUUGCGAGAUGAGCUUACUGUGGGCUCAUUAUCUUCGUGCUGAGGGCAGCCCGUAA